AUGAAGCAGUUAUUGAGCAAUUGGCGCCUGGAGACGGGCGCGGCAAAGCACGGGGCAGAGGGCGGGGAGAAGGGCGAGGUGGGCGAGCAGGGCGGGGCGGAGGGAGAGGAGGGCGAGGCAGAGGACAGGAUGAUGGAGAGGGGGAAGGGCGUGGAGGGCGAGGCGGCGGCCGAGCAGGGCGGGGCGGAGGGAGAGGAGGGCGAGGCAGAGGACAGGAUGAACAAGAGGGAGAAGGGAGUGGAAGGCGGGGCGUCGGGCGUGGAGGGCGCGGCGGAAAUCGUGGAGCGGGUCAACUUGGCCGCGGGGCUGGAGGUAGAGGAAGGGGCGAAGGAAUGGGACGAGGAAGAGGAAGGGGUGCCACAGCCCGCUCUCUGCCAUCUUUCCACCCUUGCCUCCCUGCCAUUGACAGGAUAUUGCACGGAGGAGGAGGGAGGGAGAGGCGGGGCCCAUAUCAACGGUUUCCCGGCUGCUUCCCAGCGAGCAGCCAUCCCGAAUGCCAGUGGUGCUAGGUCCGGCGCAGCAGCUUCACACAGAUCAGCAUCUUUUGGGGGGCAGCCUCCCCCUAGCAUGAUGCCUGGUGGAGGGGUCCACGUGCCUAUAGCUGAUGCGCAGACUCCCCACCUCGGUUCCCCUGCCUCAGUAGGUCAUGAACCGGGCGGCUCCUCAAGAAACCCCCCUGGGAGUGGAAAUCUCGCGAGGCCAGGUGUCUCCUCUGGACACGGCUAUGGUUCUUGUGGGGGCAUGCAUCAACCCACCCCCUCCCCAGGUCAUGCGGCUGCUUAUUCAGGCCAUUCCAACCAUGAGUUGGGCGCCAUCCCCAAUGGAAUAGGGGGGCGUAUCAGCGGCGGUGCACGCGCAGCAGCAUCAGCACCAGCGUCUCCCGCGAGUAUGGGACGUGCUCCAGUGGCCCAUGGACCGUCCGUCUCGCAUCCGCUGAACCAGUCGGCCUCGGCCGGUAGUCGGAGGCCAUUGGCUGCACCGAGGCCAGGACUCGGCAUCCCCCUUAACCCGGGCCCUCGCCCAGUCGCAUCGGUGGCAGAGCAAGCUGCGAUGAAUAAGUAUGCAACGAAGGGGGAUUUGGCUGCACUGCGAACGGAGUUUCUACAAGCUUUACAAGCUCACACUUGCCAGUGUGGAGCAUCUGGAAGCCUGGGUGCUGCAGCAGAUGGAGGCGAGAACAAUGGAGGUGGUGCGGGGGCUCAAUAUAAACCAAAACCUCGCACGAGAUCUGUGGUGGCCAUUGCGUUGGAUGUGGUGUUGGCCGAGCAAAAGGAUUGGCGAGACACGCACAGAGGAGGAGGGAGGGAGAGGGUGAGGAGUGCGUGGGCCCGUAGCUACUCUCAUCUUUUCCUCUCUCUCUGUCUCCUUAUCUCCCCGCCAUUGGCAGGACACGCACAGAGGAGGAGGGAAGGAGAGGCCGUGGAAAUGCACAGAGGAGUAGGGAAGGAGGCCGUGGUGUGUGUGAGCCUCCAUGCUGCUUGUAUUGGGUUUGAUUCAUACCCUGCUACUCCUCUCAUCCUUUCCUCUGUAUCUGUCCUUAUCUCCCUGCCGUUGGCAGGAAAUGCACAGAGGUGGAGGGAGGGAGAGGCUGAGAUGGAGGGAGUGGCUGAGGUGUGUGUGGGCCUCCAUGCUGCAUCUAUUGAGAUUGGUUUUAUCUCAUCCUUCCUCUCUCUGUCCCUAUCCCCCGUCCACUCUUCAAACCCGAAUUCGGACGGAUGCCUUUUCCGCGAUGCAGUUGUCACGGCCCCUGACAGAGACCAGACAGAAGCACGUCUUCUGGCAUCACAGAGCGGCCCAGACAGCAAGAGAAGCGCCCUGCACGUUGUUGGGGAAGAGGGGAUGAGGCCCGUUCCUCCGCCCGUCCUGUCCCGGAUGUUCGAGUUGACUCAAGAAGCAUCACUGGGCGGCCUCUGCAUCAAGACAAGAUUCCCGCACGCUGCUGAGAGUGGCGCGAUCAGGCCCCGCACUCCGCCCGUCCUCUCCCCUCCAACUAAUUCGAGCACAGCAGCAGGCGUUUCGGCAUUGCCGCUGCCUCCCGUAACCAGCUUCGGUUCGCCUUCCCCGGAUGUGUGCCCCCUCAGUCCCGUGGUACCUGUGGUGAUUUCUCCGGGGGGCCACGUGAGAGCACAGAUGCUGCAGCGGCUGCUGUCCCCAUCCCGUGACGACACGAGGGAACAGACGCUCGUUCAUGCUGCAGCCGUCACAGUUACUACUGGCACCACUGCCUUUGACACUUGCUCCAUUGCUGCUGCUGGAGAGGGGUUGCAGUCCCUGCCUAGCCAUGUGUCGGCGUCUGUUGCGAUGCUGGCAGCUUUGGGUGCUAGAAACUGCAAUGCAAGCCUUCGUUCUGCCACCACUGGUGCCAACACUUGUGCUGUCUCAAGAAAGAGAUCGUGGGAGCAGGCUGUGAUGCCGAUGCAGUCACGGCAGGGAGCGGAAGGAGCUAUCGAUGGGCAGCUGAUAACUUCCGAGGUGUCUCGAAAGCGGUCCCUGUCUCAAGAUUCCUCCACGGGAGUGGAGGGAGUUCUGGAUGGGCAGCUGAAGGCGCUGCUGUUGGAGAUGGAGGAGGAGGAAAGAAGGGCAGUGCAGGCUCCGUUGGUUGAAUAG